UUCGUUCCUUUUGGUUUGGUUCAAUUAGUCGGUUCUAGUCUUUUGCUUCGAUUGCGCGCUCGUGCCUCGUGUUUGGUGGUGAAAGUGAAACGCGUUGAAUGGCAUGCGUCUGGAAGCUAUAAUUAGUGCUCAGAGCUUCGUGCUUGUGGAGCAUUUUGAGUAGCUUCUGGGAGAACUAGUUUAUUUGGGUAAAUAAUGGUGGGUUCUUAGUGCUGGUUACUUGUUUCGAAGUUCUUGGCGCUGAAUUAGGGGAAAUGCGGCCACUGUUAUCAAGAUGCUAUUAUUGGGAUUUGGCAUCAUGGCUGAUCCUGGAAUCCGUUUAUAUGGCAUUUUUCUUGCACCGUGCAGUUGUGACUUCUUUACCUUUUCAAGAUUUGUCUGAAGCUCUUCUACUUUUGGGAAUGGAUUAGAUACUUCGUAUGUGUUGAAGCUGCUCCCCUAGGUGUGUCGUCGCAGUACAAUUUUGUUUAGUGAAUAUUUGGUAACAUCGACGACUUCUGGAAGUGAGAAGAAAACUAUGAAACUCCAUAUGGCUUCAUUUUUCCUGGUUCUGCCAUGCCCUGAGAGCAUCAAAAGUAUUUCAAUGUACUCAGCACAUUUUAAAUUGUCAGCCUCGGUUACAAUUUUUACUGCCAGGAUUUUAUCGUAUUUCUUUCCUUCAAGAUGGCAUCUUUGCAGUUGUAGCUAUAUGUACAAUUCAAUUAUUCUAGAGCUUGGCACAUCAGAUGAUUUGGAGUAGCUUUAUUAUGCUUGACCAGUGCCAUGAUGGGCACUUGUCAAAUGAAUCGCCAAGGAGUAUGGUUGCUUUGCCUUUUACUGCUUUAUGGCUCAAUCAACAAAAGUACAGCUCUCAGUCCUGAUGGUGAGGCGCUUUUGAGCUUUAGAUCUGCAGUUGUUAGUUCAGAUGGCAUCCUUCUUCAGUGGAGACCAGAGGAUUCUGACCCAUGUAAGUGGAAAGGAGUGACUUGUGAUCCUGCGUCGAAGAAUGUAAUAUAUUUGAGUCUUUCUUAUCACAAAUUGAGUGGAUCCAUUUCACCUGACCUUGGGAAGCUUGAGCACUUGAGAAUUCUAUCUCUUCAUGACAACAACUUUUAUGGGGCAAUUCCUUCUGAGUUGGGAAACUGCACAGAGUUGCAGGGAAUUUUUCUGCAGGGUAACUACUUAAGUGGUCUAAUACCCAGUGAGUUGGGAAAUCUUUCCAAUCUACGAAAUCUGGAUAUCUCAGGCAACUCUCUUAGCGGCUUGAUCCCGCCUUCUAUUGGAAAGCUGAAUAAACUUGUUACCUUCAAUGUGUCUGCUAAUUUUCUUGUUGGAGCAAUUCCAUCUGAUGGUGUACUCAGCAACUUUCCAGAAAGCUCCUUUGCAGGUAACAAGGGUCUGUGCGGAAAACAAAUCAAUGCGGCAUGUAAUGGAGGACCUUCUACAAAUUCCCAGUCUCCUGCUUCAGGCCAAAAUCUAGGUGUAAAGAAGAACUCUGGCCGACUGCUUAUAAGUGCAUCUGCCACUGUGGGUGCACUGCUUUUGGUGGCCCUGAUGUGUUUCUGGGGUUGUUUUCUGUACAAGAAAUUUGGCAAAAAUGACACCAAAGGUUUUGCUAUAAAUAUAAAUGGUGGUGCGUCAGUUGUCAUGUUUCAUGGAGACUUGCCAUAUUCCUCGAAAGACAUUAUAAGAAAAUUGGAGACACUGAACGAGGAACACAUAAUAGGUUGUGGGGGUUUUGGAACAGUGUACAGGCUUGCAAUGGAUGAUGGUAACGUGUUUGCGUUGAAAAAAAUUGUCAAAAUCAAUGAAGGAUUUGACCGCUUCUUCGAAAGGGAGCUUGAGAUUCUUGGAAGCAUAAAACAUCGGCACUUGGUGAAUUUAAGGGGAUAUUGUAAUUCUCCUACAGCAAAAUUACUGAUUUAUGACUUCUUACCUGGUGGUAGCCUUGAUGAAGCACUACAUGAAAGAUCAGAGCAAUUAGACUGGGAGACACGUUGUAAUAUCAUUGUAGGAGCAGCUAAAGGACUUGCUUAUCUGCACCACGAUUGCUCCCCAAGAAUCAUUCACCGUGACAUAAAGUCGAGCAACAUUUUGCUUGAUGGUAAUUUGGAGGCACGAGUAUCUGACUUUGGACUUGCUAAAUUAUUGGAGGAUGAGGAGUCUCAUAUUACAACCAUUGUUGCUGGAACAUUUGGUUACCUAGCACCAGAGUAUAUGCACAGUGGUAGAGCAACUGAAAAGAGUGACGUUUAUAGUUUUGGAGUCCUGGUGCUAGAAGUACUGAGUGGAAAGCGACCGACUGAUGCUACACUAAUAGAGAAAGGGCUUAACAUUGUUGGCUGGUUAAACUUCCUCCUCACGGAAAAUAGGCAACGAGAGAUUGUCGAUCCACAGUGUGAGGGUGUGCAGAUGGAAAGUCUUGAUGCUCUGCUUGGGAUCGCAAUUCACUGUGUCUCAUCUGGCCCAGAGGAUAGGCCAACCAUGCACAGGGUGCUCCAGUUACUUGAGUCUGAGGUCAUGACCCCUUGCCCAAGUGAUUUAUAUGAUUCCAACUCUGAUUGAAUUUCCUCGUGAGAAGAUGGAUAAGUUGAGAUUCACAUCCACGAAUGUAAAGUCAGUGAACGAAUGAUGGAGUGAGAGGGGACUCAGGAGUCCAAGCGGUUCUCUUCUCCAAAUUGGCUUUCAUUCUUUUAAGUGGAUAUGUGGACAAUCAGAAACACGCUGCCACUGAGCUGGUCGAGCAUCAGCAAGACUUGUGGCGUCAUUAUUUUGCACAGAUGCAAUCCGAAAUUUGUUUCUCCACGUCAACAAAACUUCCACUUGUGGCAAGUCAUAUAUUCAAACCCCCAGCUUUCUUUUCCAUGAUUUUUUUCCCCUUUUUGUGAUUCGCUCGGGCAUUUAUUUUGUCAAAUUAAAGUGUAUAUGACAUUGUAUAAGUUAAAUUUCGGUACCUGUGGGAAGGAAUCUUGUUCUUCAUGCCAUUUUUGUAAAAUAUGUCAUGAUUAACUACAGUAGUCGAUUUGUUGGCU